CAUCGCUGCUCAGCUGUAUUUAGAUGUAACUAACUGAAUUAUUGACAGUGAUCGUUAGCAUGCCAGCGACGUUAAAGCUAUUUCACGUGUGUCCUACUUUGAAGCGAAGCAAGCAAAAAUAAACCUAAAUGCUACUAAUUUGCCUUUAUGUUUAGAAUACUAUCAUUUUGAAUGUGAGUGUGUUUGGUUGUCACGUCGGGUUACCAACCAGGCGCGUUAGUUAGAGUAACGGGUCGUAAUUUUGAUGUUUUUAUGUCUUUGAAGAAGCUAACUAGUUAGCCUUUGACGUUGAGACGUGAUGACGUUACUGUCUGGUGGGGUAGGUGUGGCCUUGGCUGUAAACAGGAAGUGAACGCCAGCUCAGCAGCUAACCUGGCUAGCUUAGUUUGCUGUGUUAGCAUGUAAAGCUAGUGCGGCUUGGCAAACUGGGGGGUUGUUGCCGGACAAAGCUGCUUAUUGUUGAGCCGGGGUGGUGUCGACUGUCUUACCGAAGCCGCUUGGUUCUGUGAGGUUGGGACUUGCCAAGCAAUGGCUCUGUUAAGUCAUUAGCGGCUGACUUUGGUCUGGAGCAGCUUUGUUCCACUCAAAAGAGGUGACUUUCUUCGUCUGGGUGAAAAGUUCUCGGACUGUGACGGCCGCAAGUGAAAGUUUUGAGUGUUCUUCAUGAGUGUUCUGACAGAAGGCAGACGGGUGGAGAUCGUCCGUGUGAUGUUGGAUCUUCAUUUGUUGGCCUCAACAUAAGUCCUGCUCACAAGUCUGAGGACUGAGUGGACAGUCUCAUGAGACCGAUUCCUGAGUAACUGCUCAACAUCAUUUUCGUCGUCCCAGCAUGUCCCAGUCUGUCUCGUCCCCCGCUGCGACGCACGUUUCCACAGAACUUACUGUAACCACAACCACAGAAGGGUCAGAGGUCAAGGCACCCCUCACGAGCAGCGCCCCCGUCAGUAUUCUACAGGAGGGGGCCGACCCAGUAGAGUUGACACAAAAUAAACUGACACAUGUCAACGACACGGAAGGAGAUCUACAAGAGGUCGUGGCUACAGAAGGAGCGCUAGGUCAGGACGCGGACGUGUUGGAAAGUUCUUCUGUGGCGACGGCCGACAGUUCAGAUGAGCUGCGAGAGUCCAGCGACUCAGCAUCCUUCUCCAUUCCCAGUCUGGAUAUGUCCGACGGCCUGGCGGCUGCUGGAAACUGCCAGGAGGCGGACGACAUCUUGUCCUCGUCCUACUCCGCCUUGGGGGCAGAGGGCUGCUCUCCGUCCAAUGAGGUGGCCAGCCUGAAGGAGGACGAGCUGACAGGGGGCACUGCCACCACGACGGCCCCUGCCACCACGACGGCCCCUGCCACCACGACGGCCCCUGCCGCCGCCACGGCCACUGCCACCGCCACGUCCUCAGAGACCAGCGCGUCUACACCGGCAUAUUACUUGGUGAAGUGGAUCACGUGGAAGGAGAAAAAGACACCCAUCAUUACUCAGAGCGAGAACGGACCCUGCCCUCUGCUGGCCAUAAUGAACAUUCUCUUCCUGCGUUGGAAGGCCAAGCUUCCUGCUCACACUGAAGUGGUCACCACGGAAGACCUGAUGGCUCACUUGGGUGAGUGUGUGCUGUCAGUUACACCGAGAGAAAAGACACAAGGCGUGGAGCUCAACUUUCAACAAAACAUGAGUGACGCUAUGGCAGUGCUGCCAAAACUGUCAACGGGUCUUGACGUGAACGUUCGCUUCACGGGCGUGACGGAUUUCGAGUACACACCCGAGUGCAUAGUGUUCGACCUGCUGGACAUCCCACUGUACCACGGCUGGUUGGUGGAUCCUCAGAGUCCAGAGAUGGCCUCAGCUGUGGGAAAACUGAGUUACAACCAGCUGGUGGAGAAGAUCAUUGACUAUAAACACUCGAGUGACAGCAGUCAAGUCAGCGAAGGGCUAGCGGCAGAGCACUUCCUGGAGACGACGGCGACGCAGCUGUCUUAUCAUGGCCUGUGUGAGCUCAAUGCAGUGGCCAAAGAAGGAGAGAUGUGCGUCUUCUUCAGGAAUAACCACUUCAGUACUAUGAUCAAACACAAGGGUCACUUAUACCUGUUGGUGACGGAUCAGGGCUUCCUGCGGGAGGAGACCUUGGUGUGGGAGUCUCUGCACAAUGUCGAAGGAGACGGAAACUUCUGUGACUCACACUUCCGGCUGUGUCAUCCCCCUCAGAGAGGUUCGCCACCCGCCAAGCUGCCGCCAUGUGACCAGCAGAGGCAGAUUGACCAGGACUACCUAGUGGCCGUGUCUCUGCAGCAAGAAGGCGGGGCUUCAGGGCCCCUAAGUGACCUGGAGUUGGCCCGGCAGCUCCAGCAGGAAGAGUAUCAGCAGCAAGGCCCCCAACAGGCAGCCCCUCAGGUCAGCGGUCAGGCAGCGUCACAGCCAGGAGGGGCCAGGAGAAGAGAGAAAGACUCCUCUGACUGUGUCCUCCUGUAAUUUUACAUCCUCCUCGUCAUCAUACACACUGAUGCCAAACCUUAGUGCUUUUUUUCAUAACGACUCCGUUAAUGAGAUAAUCCUCUCUUUGUUACAUCAUCAUCAUCAUCAUCGUCCAGUGUUGGUGAAGAUAACAAUUCAUGUCAUUUCAAGGCGUCCAAUAAAAGAGUUUGAAUAAAGU